AAGUUAGUUUGCUGGACCAAGACCUAUUGAAUGCUCUGAGACGGGUUUUCACCCUUUCCCGGUCGGUGGGCCCCCGCGGCCGGACAAGCAGUGGGGGGUCCCCCGCACGCCAGCAAAACCGGACGUGCCAGCGGCUUCUCAGCGCUGGCCACGUAGCCCUGGGGCUUUCCAGAGGACCCCCGGGGUAUGCGUACCCCUGGUUGACAACCCCUGCCCUAAGAGAAACGCAAGGCUCCCAGCUUGACGGUGGCACAGGAAUAUUCGGUGCAACUAGUGAUGUUAGCACAGGAGUCGUUAGACCCUACGUGGAGCUCGACUUAGUGUUGUGUUUUUCAUUUGUAGUGCUUGCAGCUCUUGAAGGAAGGGGUCAUUAGCUCAGGGCUGGACAAUUAGUUGGGCCCAGGAGUCGCAUAGGCUGUUUGGGUGAGCUGUUGCAGGCCAAGUAAGCAUCGCCGCCCGCCACACAACAACUCACCAGAACUCCCUGUGUGGGCUGCAGCCCUGGGCGGCGUGUCCAGGAGCGGGAGGGACAGGCGAGGCUGGGAUCACGGGGCAGGGGGGGGGGCAAUGACAGCGCAGGGCCAGGUCAGAGCCACGAUCCACUGCCCGCACGCCCCUGCAACAGGCACAGUUUCUGUGUGGCUGUCAGGGCUCCAUGAUCCCAGCCCCAGAUGUAGCUCCCUGCCCACAUGGCUCCCCAGAGCUGGGGCCGGGAUCUUGGGGCAGUGUCUGUGUCUGGGGCCGGGAUCUUGGGCCAGUGACAGCAUGGGCCUGGGCCAGAGCUGGAAGCCACCACUAGGCCUUGUUGGGGAGCCACAGCAUCCAUGAAGGGGAAAGGAGGGUUACAAGUCCUGCAGAGGAGACUCGAAGGCUCUGGAGGAACUCAGCUUCCCUCCCCUUGCCUGUCCCCUCUCCUGGCCUUGGGCAUGCAGCCCUCAGGUGGGUGGUGGCAGCCUCCAACCCUGCUACCUAGGUGUAGGGCAGAGUGGUGCAGAGCGGUGAGGAGGCAGUAGCAGAAGUCCCAGUGAGGGUGCUGCGUCCAGGGCGGGGGACCAUUCUCUGUGGAGACUGACCCCUAGCCCCAGAUGCAGCUCCCUACCUGGCCACGCGUGGUUCCCUGGCCCUGGAUGCAGCACCUUCACCAGGACUCCUGCCAUUGCUGCUACCCUGCACUGUUGCAUCCUACGCUUCUCUGUCCCAUGCCGAGUUGGCAAGGCAUCUUAAGAUGAGCUGCGGGCUGGCACAAGACAGGUGCCCCAGUGCCACCUAGCGGGGCCAAAGGACCCACUGGGGGCCGGACCAAAGUGGGCUGUAUUUUGCUAACCCCUGCAUUAACAUGUUACACACAAGGAAACUGAGACAGACAGUUGUGAAGAAUUUUAUCCUGGGUUAUGCACCAAGUUGGUGACAAAGUUGGGAAUGGAAUAGGGCCCUGACUCUCAAUUCAUUGCCAUAGCUGUUGGGCCACACUGGUUUUUUCAUGUGCUACAAACAGCCUAUGACAUAAAAGAAAAUAUUUUGAGUAUUUAAAACACAGUUAUGAUGUCAGCUUUUAUGAGUUUAUGAUAAAUCUGCUUCUGUGGAGUCUUGCAUGUAGUCACCUGUGGAUCGUUAUACUGAGCCUCCAGCUGGAGGCAGAGAUGGCUUACUCAGACUCCUAAUACUGAUGACACAUUUUGCUUGGAAGCUUGUUGUAAAACCAUAUAUAACAUAGACUUUUUUUUGACAGGUCAGAAAUCCAGCAUGCUUCCUUUUUACCUGUGCUGUUAAAAUUGCUGAGUGGGACAGAGGCUAACUAUUUAGGAUACAGUAUAUUUUUGGAGUAAAAGGUUCUGUCGAUCUCCUACUUCUCCGCAAUGAGAGCAAUUUUGGUUCUUCUCUUCCCUUCUCCCUGUAGUUGAUAUUUUUGGAAUUGGAGGGGAUGCUGCGGUAGAGAUGGCAGACAGUGUAAAAACCUUCCUUCAUGAUCUCGUCAGGGGAAUUAAGGACUCCAUCUGGGGGAUCUGCACAAUCUCUAAACUGGAUGCCCGGAUCCAGCAGAAAAGGGAAGAGCAGAGAAAAAAGAGAGCAAGCAGUGCACUUGCCCAGCGGAGAGCACAGAGUGAUGAGAAAAAGCAGGAGAAUGAACCUCGGAUAGUAAGCCGAAUUUUUCAGUGUUGUGCAUGGAAUGGAGGUGUAUUUUGGCUUAGUCUCCUUCUGUUUUACCGAGUAUUUAUACCUGUACUUCAGUCAGUUACAGCACAAAUAAUUGGUGAUCCCUCAUUACACGGUGAUGUCUGGUCCUGGCUGGAGUUUAUCCUCACCUCCAUUUUCAGUGCCCUUUGGGUUCUUCCUCUCUUCGUGCUCAGUAAAGUUGUCAAUGCCAUCUGGUUUCAGGACAUCGCGGAUUUGGCUUUUGAAGUUUCAGGAAGAAAGCCUCAUCCCUUUCCCAGUGUCAGUAAAAUCAUUGCAGACAUGUUGUUUAAUCUUUUACUACAAGCACUCUUUCUUAUCCAGGGGAUGAUCGUGAGCCUUUUCCCAAUCGAUAUCAUUGGUCAGUUGGUUAGCCUCCUGCACAUGUCACUGCUUUACUCCCUAUAUUGCUUUGAGUACCGAUGGUUUAACAAAGGAAUUGAAAUGCAUCAGCGGUUAUCCAACAUUGAGCGGAACUGGCCCUACUAUUUUGGAUUUGGUUUACCACUGGCUUUUCUCACUGCAAUGCAGUCCUCUUAUAUCAUCAGUGGCUGCCUGUUCUCCAUUCUUUUCCCUCUAUUUAUUAUCAGCGCCAAUGAAGCAAAGACACCUGGGAAAACAUACCACUUCCAGCUGCGUCUCUUUUCUUUAGUGGUUUUCCUCAGCAACAGACUCUUUCACAAGACAGUUUACCUUCAGUCCACCCUGAGCAGCUCCUCCUCCGUGGACAGACUGCCCACUCCUCACCCAUCCCCUGCCAAACAGAAGGCUGCUUUGGGGCACUGAACUACAACCAAAGCGGGGGCAUCAUCCUUGGCUGCUACAUAUGCCCCUGUAACCCAAGGACCGGCAGGACCCAUUCUGCCAAGGGGCUUGUGCAUGUCCUACCAAACACUGUCAAAAGCCCCAUCUGGACAUUGGUUUUUGUGUCCCAUUGAAAGUGUGGCUGGAAAUUUUGGGGAAAGUCGGGAUUUUUAACACCUUUGAGUUUAAAAAGCCGGGUUCUCUGUGCUUGUUUUAUAGAGUGUAACAGACCUGUGCCUGUACUGUUUUGUAUGCUCUUUUCCUGUGCCAUCUCCCCCCUAUCCCAGAAAGAAUGAUUUUGUAAUCCAUAUUUUGCUGUAGUUUUGUGAAGCUGAUGGGAGUCUCUACAGUAGGUUGCCCAACUGUUGGGUUCCUCAAUGAUCAUCAUCAUUUGUAUACUGUAACUCAGGUCAGGGUUUUGU